AUGAGUCAUACCUUUUUAUCUCUGGAUGAGUUAGAACGAUGCUUGACUUAUGUUCCUACAUACGGGCUGCCGGGUAUGACUGAUUGUCUGAAGGGAGAAGAACUUGUAUUCGCCUCAACUUAUACAUUCCAACCUAUUCGGGUCAUCCGCAUUUCAAAAGAAGAACUGCAUACAUUAACCAAUGAGGAAGUUGAACCUGCAGUUGGAUCGUACGACUUUCGGGACAUACCGAAUAUGAUCGAUCGUUUCAUCAUUUGGCGAUCAAAUCGAUCAGCUUUACUUUUGGAAGAACGAAGCGUCGAACGAUCUUUCGAUUUUGCUUCGUUAUGCUUCAAUUUUAGUCCAGCUAAUGUUAUACCUGGAACGCAGUUUUCUUUCACGCACAACAAACUGAUAUUAUUAGUACCAACGCAGAAUGCUCUUUAUCGAUUUAACUUCGAGAUUGGGAUUCAGAAGAGAAACGAGGCUGAAGCCGUCCUGAAGCUAUCAGAAGAUCAAGCGUUCCUAUAUAAUUACGAUUGCUACGAACUAACAUCAUCAAAAACUGCUUGUCGUGCAAGUAUCAUACAUACGGCUGAUGGUGGUACAUCUGCCAUUUAUUCAUUGGGUGAUGGGCAGAUUGUUCUUGUACAAAUGCGCCAUGAACCAGGAAAGAGAGGCCAAGGUUAUGAAAAAGUAAUAAGAGGCGAAGGAUUGCUUCAGCGAGUCAUGAAGGCAGCCCAUCAGUUGAGCUUAGUUGUUAGCUUGGCAUCAUGUGUGGUUCAUCGUGACAUUCUCUUUUACGUACUUUUCGAUGACAAAAGGCUACAUGUUUAUGUGAAUGGUAAAAAAGAGUACGAUGGGAACUUAUAUGAUAUAAUAAUACGUAAUAGCGAUGGAGGCGAUGGAGAGCAUGUAACUGCAGAAAUGGUAAAGACUUGCUCUAACGCGAACUCCUUUUAUGUGGUCGUGCUUUUUCAAAUUGAUGACCAUUGCGUGUUCAUGUUGGGAAAAAUUGAUCCGUAUCUGUUACCAGAACAUGUUGGGUAUUUCUCGUUUAUCAACAGCUUCCAAACAGAAAGUGGAGUAGUGGAUUUCACUUGUGCAAUGCAAGAGGAUAUUUUGGAUAUUAUUUGUUUAUGUAAAGUUUCGGAUGGAAUUCGCUAUUGUUUACGCUCUGCUUCAAUUGAUUGUUUAAAUGGUGUGUUAACAAUUCCUUGGAGAGGAGUAAAUGAAAUCCACGGUGGUGAUCCGCAGGUGAGUGUAUUGCAAGCCAAACCAAAGCAGUCAGUUACUGCACAGAAAUCAUAUAUCUUCGAUCCCAACAGAUAUUCGUUUGGCGUUGUUCUGCGUUCACUCCAGUUAGUUUGCAAAAAAGGAACUUUCAAUUGGGGACUUUUAGCAAGACGACACGAUUGGCGAAUGUUAAGAGAAGCAGCGGAAAAAUACUGCAGCUCAGCAGAGUUCGAUCAACAUUAUGUUACUCGAGAGGAUCGUUCACUUUUGGCUACAAUACCGCCUAAUCAAGCAGGACAAGAGCGAUUCUGGACAGCUCUCACAAGGAUGUGCAAUGAAUUGAUACAAAAUGAAUGCCUUUCACUAGGUCUCUGGCACUCUGUUCCACUUGGCUUGUAUGGUACGAUACAACAAGGACGUUUUACGGUAUGUCGUCCGGGCGAUGAGCAGCUUCGCUGGUUCGAACAUUUGAUUGGGAAUGAUGAAAAGAAUGUGAAAAUAUGUUGGGAUAUUGUUACAAAAUUUGCUGCAGGAGGACUAGUUACCAGUGCAAUAAGUAUAGAAGAAAGUGAGCAGUUCGUAAAUGCAUUUCCAACCGUUUCACAUAUUUUCGAGGAUGCAAUCAUGAAGUUUACCGAAUUAAGACCCGUCGAUGAGUUUGAUUUAGACGCAGCAGACGGAACACCAUUUCAUGGAUCGUUCACAGUUGGCUUGUUGGCCACCCACUUCGGACGUUUAAUUGAUGACAGAUUAGCCCUUAGCCAAUGCUUUAUCGCUCUAAUGGAAUUAGUAAAAACUCUCCACUCUUCUCAGAAUGAGGGAAUACCACUAGAUGCCAGAUGGGGGCUUACAGUUAAUACUCACGAAAAAUCACUUCAUGAUAUGAAUCGACAAUUUAGCAUCUUAUCACAGACAAUGAAACUGCGAAUUUCUAUUGAUCACUACAACGAAAUAAACCUAGCAGAUGGUUUCUUCGCUAGUCCUGGCAUCCCAACCAUACUCGGUUAUUCACAGGAUAAGGAAUUAGUGGGUGAGGAAGAAGAUACGGAAGAGGAUGAAGAAGAAACUCGGGAAGGCAAAGCUGAUAUUGAUGCUGAAAAGAUUCCUUGUGUAUCGCCUCUUAAACAGUCAACAUCAGCAUACUCGCAAUUUAUUAAUAGGAUCGUUAAUGACGCUGUGAUUGUUCUAUGGCCAGAAAAUACGGCUAUGGUAUUGGCCAGGUUUUUGGCCAACUAUCAUCAGUAUUCUGCACUGCAGGCAUACUGUCAAUUGAACGAGCCUUAUAUAACAGAACUAUGUGCUGCUUUUCGGUUUUUCGAAGGCUAUGCAUUUGCUGGUUUAGGAGAUCCAGAAAAGGCAUUGCAGUCAUUCUUGGAUGCACUAGAAGGUAUCAAUCGCGAAGAUGAAGCGCUUAAUAGGGUACUUUCUCCCGAUGGUAAUGUUCCGGAUGAGCCAUACAGUGAAUUGCAAUAUCUGUUAAAGAUCAUGGCUGCCAUGGAAGUACACGGUUUUCACGAGCAGCUAGUUUACUUGUCAAGACGUGCCUUGAAAGAAGCACUGCAAACCAAGCACUUACACACUAGAGUUUUGCCCGGAUUGUAUACGUCUCUUUUUAAAUUCGAACUGAUUACGGAGCGGUAUGAUGAUGCCCUCAAUACUCUUCUCGCUAAUCCGGUUCCGGAAAAUCGUCGGAUAUGUCUAAGAGAACUUAUCGCGAAAUUAAUUGAGCAAGGGAAGAAUAAAGUGAUUGUCGAUUUAAAUUAUGGAAAUAUGGAACAACAGGUGGUCAAUAUAUUGAAAGCGGAUGCUCGUACUUCAGAUGUCAGUAAAGAAGGCUAUUUCUACGAACUGAUCUAUGCAUUUCAUGUUAAACGAGAUCUCUUUCAACGAGCAGCACUAACAAUGCUCGAAUAUUCAUGUCGUUUGCAGUCGGAAUUACAGAAUCGAAACGUAUUAUCUCGUCGUAGUCGUGCUCUUAGCAUUGUUGUCAGUUUGCUUUCAUUGCUACCAGAAGCUGAUCAGUUCCUCAUACUCCCAGCAUCACUGGAAAAGAGCAAAAAUCCAACGGAACAAAUCGAAAAAGCAGAUGAACAGGUGCAGAAGGUUGAGCGUAAAAUGGGCAAAAAUGCUCUCGUCAUCUGGACACUAGACGAUAUUUCGAAGAGGGCGCUGUUAUCAUCAGCUCGAUUGGUAUUAUUCGAUGCGAAUUACGAUCCGAAAGAGAAGAAAUCGAUCCCUCCACCUAUUAAACUUGAAGAAAUUUUUGAGCAACUUAUUCAGAAAAAACUCUUUGAUCACGCCUGGGAAAUAAGCAAGGUUUUCGACCUGAAACCAUAUCCACUGUUAAAAUCGGUUACUGUGGAAUGUAUUCAUCUGGAUGCAAGACCACCGAAGUGUGAACCAUGGUGGGUGGCCAAAAAUCGGAAGUUCGUGAAGAAAAUACCCAGUUUACGAGAACGACAUUGGGCAAUUUUGCGAGGGUAUGUGGAAGUAGCCAUGCGGAGGUGUCCAGAAGAUUUCAAGAUAUUGUGGACAGUAACCUUUGUGUUUCUUCAGCAUCAGUGGCACAUGCCUCCAUGGUUAUCAAAUUGCUAUGAGGAUCGGUGUCCAGCGCAGUAUGCUUACCUGUUAAUAAUGUUUGAUCAUCUUCAUCUAGCCUGUGAAACACUUAAAAAGAAGAUAAUUUUGGAAACGAAAAAAAUAACAUCUCGAAAUUCACACUGUUCAAUACCUGCUACAGAAAUCGAUUGGGUAUUAUGGUUAAUUAGUAAAAGAGAUGAUGCAACUUUAACAGAAGACGCAAAAGAGCUGAAGGACUGCGUGGAGCGAUAUUUCGAACGCAUUGCAUCCUUUUCAAGGCAAUAAUAUUUAAUGACCAAUCAGCUAUUUGCUCAUGUGAUCUCCCAAAACUAGUUCGUGAAAUCUUAUGUUGAAUCUUGUUGUUUAAGCAGUGGUAUCAUUUGAUUCAUUGUAAGCUGCCAUAUUUUGGUAACACGGAAAAGACUUAUCGAAUGCAGAAAGUAAUUUCCAGAUUUUCAUCUGAACAAAAAUUUCAAACACUCUCUUGCACCACUGCUUCUGUGUGCCUUUAUAUGUUAUGUAAAUAAAUUUUACUAUCACGC